GGAGGUUACUCAUCCUGGGCUCACGUAAGAGGGCCCGGGUUGGGAGGCGGCACAACUAGGGGGGAAGCCGACAGAGCAGGACGGAACCAUGGACCCCGCCAGGAAAGCAGGCUCCCGGGUAGCGAUCUGGACAACGGGCUGGCUGCUGCUGCUGCCUCCGCUGCUGCUUCUAGAAGGAGCGCAGGCCCUGGAGUGUUACAGCUGCGUGCAGAAAGCAGAUGACGGAUGCUCUCCGCAGAAGACUAAGACGGUGAAGUGCGCGCCAGGCGUGGACGUCUGCACAGAGGUCGUGGGGGCGGUGGAGACUAUCCACGGGCAAUUCUCGGUGGCAGUGCGGGGCUGCGGUUCGGGACUCCCCGGCAAGAAUGACCGCGGACUGGACCUUUACGGGAUUCUGGCCUUCGUCCAGCUGCAGCAGUGCUCCCAGGACCGCUGCAACGCGCAGCUCGACCUCACCUCGCGAGCGCUCAUCCCCGCAGGCAAUGAGAGUGACUACGAGCCUAACGGGGCCGAGUGCUACAGCUGCGUGGGGCUGAGCCGCAAGGAGUGCCAGGGUACGGCGCCGCCCGUCGUGAGGUGCUACAACGCCAGCGACCACGUCUACAGGGGCUGUUUCGACGGCAACGUCACCUUGACGGCAGGUCCGCGCUCCACCUUUACCUGUCAUACUCUUGGGAAUGGGAUCCAACCUUGGGAGGCUGAUCACUAUGGACUACCACGGGCUUUCUUGACCUCUAGUUUCCUGUCUGGGUUGGCCAAUGGGGACGCUGACAAGAGAUUGGAAGGAGGGGCGUUUAUUUCCCCAACUCCCUCCCUGAUGCGGCGGUUGCCUCCAGCUGGCUGUGUCUUUCCACCCAAGGCCACAGCUCCUGUCUGGAGGUCCACUCCACACACAUCUGGGUUCUUUCAGGCCUGGGGGUAAUCAAAGCUCCCAUCUUUCUAGACCUGAAGUGCUGCACCACCCUUGUGGUUUCCCUGCUCACUGCUGCAUCUUUGUAAAUAGUCUUUUAUUUUUUUUAAUUGAAGUAUAAUUGAUUUAGAAUAUUGUGUAGUUUCAGGUAUACAGCAAAGUGAUUCAGUUUUGUGUGUUUGUGUAUGUGUAUUUUAGAUUCUUUUCCAUUAUAGGUUAUUACAAUAUAUUGAAUAUAGUUCCCUGUGCUAUACACUAAAUCCCUAUUGCUUAUCUGUUUUAUACAUAGUAGUCUGUAUCUGUUAAUCCCAUAUUCCUAAUUUAUCCCUCUUCCCCCUCCCUUUCCCCUUUGGUAACCAUAAGUUUGUUUUCUAUGUCUGUGACUCUGUUUCUGUUUUGUAUAUAGAUUCAUUUGUAUUAUUGUUUUAGAUUCCACAUAUAAGUGAUAUCAUAUAAUAUUUUCUUUCUCCGUCUUCGCUUAGGAUGAUGUUCUCUAGGCCCAUUCAUUUUGCUGCAAAUGGCAAUAUUUCAUUUUUUUGUGUGGCUAAUAGUAAAUAAUCUUUUUAUUAAAUUCUCCCCAGUCGCUCAGUUUGGAUUUGCUGUUUCCUGCUUAGACUCUGAGUGAUGCAGCAGCUAACUGUACUGAGAACAUCCUAAGAGACAUUCUUCCAAGAGCUUUAUAGGAAACAAUGUAUUUAAUCCACCUGAUGACCCUAUGGAGAAACAGAGGUCUGGAGAGGUGGUCUCUAGCUCUAGUUUCAGAAUGAGGAAGUGGCUGACCCAGGAUUUGAACCAGCAGGAAUCUGAACUGCUAAGAGUAACUAACUGGGAGCCACUGUGGGAGUUUUAAGCCAAGAAGUCAGGUUGGUGUUUCGAAAGCGCCCUCUGGUGGCUGGGAGGAGCACUGUCAGCUGAGUUAGCAUCUACCCUGUCUCUGCAGAGAACUUCUAUUUGGCUAAUGUGUCGACAACAUUCAACUAAAUCCUGCACCGGAGACCCAGACAAAUGGGCUCUGCCUGGGUUCCAGGAUGUCUUCUUGGAGGAGGUGACGUUGGAGCAGGGCUUUAAAGGACAAGUAGCAAAGGCCUGAGAGAAUCCACCUUGUUCUGGGAAGAGGGUGCAGCAUUGUGUCAGGGGAAGCCCAGCCAUGAGGCUGAGGAAAUAGGUCAGGACCCAUUUGGGAAAGUACCUUGGCUUUGGGACUUUGUCCUAUAACUCACUUUGGAGCUUGCAAACCAGCAAAUUUCAAAGACAAAAUUGGAGGUCAGACAUAGGGUGGUCAACUUUUUAUUCUGCCAGUUUGGACUUAAAAAAAAAAGGGAGAGAGAGAGAGAGAGACCAUUUUAUUCAUUCUAAAAGCAUUUAUUGAGCACCUACUGUAUAUUAAGGAAUGUUCUGGGGCAGGGUCUGCAUUUGUUUUUCUCACUGUUGUACCCUCAGAGUCGAGAGUCAUGGAAAGCCCCUAAUAGAAGGAAUGAGUAAAAUUAAAGACAUUUGCUAGGGCAAGGUCAGUGUGGGAAUAAGCUGCUGGGAAUGAGGUCAAGGUGUGUGGGGUUGUAGAUGAGCUUGGAGAUAGAAGGGAAUAAAUUUGGAAGUCUUCAGUCUUUAGAUUAUUAUCAGUUUUAAAAAUAAUUCAUUUUAUUUUUAUGGUUAUUUCCUAUAUUCUGGGGAUUUGGGUAGGGCUCAUACUAUAUACUGAAUUCUUGAAAAAAUAUGAUGCAAAUGUUUCUGUACAUACUAGGGCACAAACCAUUUGUGUCUUCUCAGAUCCCCUUGGCCACCUCCUUCCUAGUGAGCCAAACAAGAAAGAGGUGAAAUAACUCGCCCAAGGCCCCGAAUUUGUUGAGUUGCAAAGCCGGGAUUUGAAUCCUGGGCAGAUUGGCCCCAAGCUCUUGUGAAAAUUAAUAAACAGAAACCUCAUUUAAAAUGGAUUCCGGAGGCCAGAAGGGGGAGCUCUCAACCUCUAUCACUCCAUGUUAA